ACUAAUCCGCACUGCCGUCGCAGCUUCCCCCGACAUGCAUCAACGCCUCAUCCAAUCAGCACCCCGCCAAGGCGAUGCUGAACAGGGGUUGCGCCGGCCGCCAAAGCAGUCUUGGCGCCAAACGCGUUGAUUCCAAUGUCCAACCUCAUCCCCUCUUCAUUUCUUUGAACACAAUUCAUUCCCAAGGAGUGGUAACCCAACAAACAUACCAUCCACCUUGCAACCCUCCCCAACCCGCCUUCUGCCCCGCUCAACACACCCCUGAAGAUGUCCUCCACAGCACCACCACCACCCCCAACAACAACCCCCUCCCUCUUCGACACCACAACACUCACCUCGCUCGCCUCGACCGUCGCCAUCCUGCUCGCCGCCCUGGCGCUCUCCCGCCGCGUGCUGGACCCGCGCGCGACGCCGGCCCGCCUGCGCGCGCUCUUCGUGUGGCACGCCUUCGACGCCCUGAUCCACUUCCUCCUCGAGGGCAGCUUCGUGUACCACUGCCUGUUUAGCGCCGCGCCCGUCGGCAGCAUCCUCGCUGCUUCUGCUGCUGCCGGUGGAGCUGCUGGUGGUGGUGAUGGUGUGACGGGGACGGGCAUGGGGACCGGGACGGGCUACUGGCCUGAUCCGGUGAAUUAUCUCGGCGGCGGGUUGAAGGGGGGCGGCGCGGUCGCGGUGGCGCACGGUCCGCAGGCGGGCGGGGAGAAUCCGCUGGCGAAGCUGUGGAUGGUGUAUGCGAGGGCGGAUUUUCGGUGGGCUGGGGUUGACUUGACUGUGCUCAGCCUUGAGAUCCUCACGGUGCUGUUUGCUGGGCCCAUGGCGUGCUUGGUCUGCUACGACAUUGCGCGGAAGAGCCCGCGGGCGAAUCUGGUGAUGAUCAUUCUGGCGACGGCCGAGCUUUAUGGCGGAUACAUGACUUUCAUGCCGGAGUGGCUGACCGCCAGUGCUAAUCUCGACACGAGCAAUUUCAUGUACAAAUGGGUUUUCCUGGUUUUCUUCAACGGGCUGUGGGUUGUAAUUCCUCUGUAUGCCAUCUAUGUCGCAGCAGAUGACAUCUUCGAUGCGUUCAGGGUGAGGGCCACGGCUCUGGGCGAGAAGAAGGCGAAAUGAGGCGCGGAUGACUGUGGUUCAUGAGCCCGAUCUUCACUUUUACUGGUUGCUCUUACGGGUUUUUUUUUUUUUUUUUUUUUUUUUU